UUGGAACUAACAGGGGUGUCGAAAUUUUGAAUCAGAAUGUUUUCACCUCUCGGUGCAGAGUGGCAUGGGCUCGUGUUCCUCUGGCUACACCCACUGGGCUGGUAUUUAAGCUUGAGUCCCCCACCAUCCUUUCAUCAGUCAGCUAAGGAGCGUAAACAGGAGCCGGCCGGGCAGCCAGACAGCCAGACAGACAGACAGACAGCCAGACAGACUCUUGCCACGAGAACCCAUCCAACAUACAACAGAGUGAGGAGGGAGCACUUUGUGAACAAUCAUGUCUGCGGAAGCUUCAGCAAUCUUCUCUCUUCUUCUGCUCCUUGUCUCCUCAUUGACCGGGGCCCAGGAAUGCUCGCUGCCCUGCGCCUGCCCCUCCGAGCCCCCUCGCUGCCCAAUAGGCACCAGCUUGGUGUUGGAUGGCUGCGGUUGCUGUAAAGUGUGUGCCAGGCAGCUGGGGGAGCCUUGCAACCUGCUGGAGCCCUGCGACCACCACAAGGAGCUCUACUGCGACUACGCGCUGCUGAGCGACACCGACACGGGCAUCUGCAUGGCGCAAGAGGGUCAAUCGUGCCACCUUGGCGGCGUCACCUACCGCAGCGGCGAGUCCUUCCAGCCGAGCUGUAAACACCAAUGUGUGUGUAUGAACGGCGAAAUCGGAUGCGUGCCCACGUGCCCCAGUAACGUGCGCUUUGCGUCCCCCGACUGCCCGUACCCUCGCCGCAUCCGCAUCCCGGGAAAGUGCUGCGAGGAGUGGGUGUGUGAGCAGACCCCUCAGGACCACCUCUAUCAGUCCGUCAUGGGCGGAGCUUCUCAAAUCCAUCCGUUGCCCUCCUCCAAACCCGCGGCAGGCUCCGCAGAGCUUUCCCUUCAAGGUGCGCCAGCCGAAAGUCCCCGAGAUAACUGCAUCGUCCAGACCACAGAGUGGAGCGAGUGCUCGGCCACCUGCGGCAUGGCCGUCUCGUCCCGCAUCACCAACGACAACCGGCGCUGUCAGCUGGAAAGACAGAGCAGGGUCUGUAUGCUUCGACCCUGCCAGAGCCAGCAGGAGAAAGAAAUUAAGCGUGGCAAGAAAUGCGUGCGGACGCCAAAGGCCCAGAAAGGCAUGCGCUUUGAGUUGUCGGGCUGCACCAGCACCAGGUCGUACAAACCCAAGUUCUGCGGCGUUUGCACCGACAACCGCUGCUGCACGCCUCACACCACCGUCACCGCCGAGGUGGAGUUCCGCUGUCCCGAGGGAGACGUGUUCAGCAAAAAGAUGAUGUUCAUCAAGACUUGCUCCUGCCACUUUGACUGCCCGAGAGACAACGACAUCUUCCUGGCUUCCAACACACGGAGGAUGACGGGUGACUACGAGCACGACGUGUGAUAUUGACCGGCCGGGCCUUUUCCAUCCACCGCAUGCGUCCGCCCCGAUCCGACCACUACAAACACGCAAUUUCAUCCGAGCAGGCGGACAUUUGCCCUUGCUUUCAAUUGAGUUUGGAGGAGGCGAUGAGACCCGAUUCGAAUCUCAAGCUAGUAUCUUAUUGACACGUUUCACUUUGGAAGAAGAAAGGUACAGAGGUACGAGUCCACUGAUUGACAAUUAUUGUAUCGCUUGUGAGAAGAGCAAUAGUUGCCACUGUGCUGGUGUCUUUGGCUCCAAGCAAAACGAUUGCGCAAGCCGCAUGGGUUCGCGUAGUGACGAUGUGAAUGCGAGUGUGAAUCAACAGAAGCGAUAUUUACCACUUUUUUUUCAAAUGUCAACAAUCCUGGCCAAUUUCUGGCCCCCAUUGAGACAAGUUGGUGUGCAGGUUUGUAUCGACUUGUGCCCAAUGAGAAAUUGUAAUUGACAAAAAGCCACAAGAAUGUGGAGACGCUGAUAGACUGAGGGUGUGCGCAUAUGGCAACAUAAGCCUUCAUGCCUAGUUUAUGUUUUAUGCAUAUAUUAAAAAAAAACAAAAGAAGUUUUAGAUUCAGACAUCGUUAAGAUAUAUUUGGCUUUUGUAUACUGACCAGUCUAAAAACGAACCUUUAGCGUGACUCGGCGAUUGCUGAUACAACUUCAUUAUUUCCAUCUUAUUUAAAAAGAAAUGGACCAUUUUGGCAGCAAGCAAAUACAAGUGUGAAUACUUUGAGACCGUGUACAGUUUUGUACUACAAGUUAUGUUUAACGCUGACUGUAUUGUAUUGUUUUAGUUUUUCCACUGUAACCACCUGACUAAGAUACGAAUGACUUCUUGUCUGUUGCACUUUUUUCUUUUUUCCAAUAAACAAAGUCUAUUUUUUAUAGA